AUGAUGUUCUGGGCUGCUGCAUUGCUCUUGUUAUCGAGCAAUGCCGUAGCAGAGCCGCCAGAGCGCGAUGACGCGGAUUUGAUGUCCUUCGUGACGCUCCCAGAGGUCCGAGCCUUGAAAUGGGAUAUUGCAUAUCAUGACCGCGAGCGGUUAGCCCCCGGAUAUUGGUUCGUCGCGCCGUACGCAACGAUCUCGCCAGAUAAACCCACCGCCAAAUAUCAGCAAUACCAAGUCGGACCCUACAUCUACGAUGACAGUGGCGUUCUUAUCUGGGCAGGAGCACCCUUAUACGACAACCACAAUGUCUUCGACUUCAAACCGGUACACAACAUUGAUAACGACCCAUACUUGUCGUUCAUUGUGGGAUGGGAAUACGAUGAUUCCAAGAAAGGCCAUGGCGCGAUUGUCGAUCACCAUUACAAUGUGAAGAAUGAGGUUCAGGCCCCCGAGAAUGUGCAUGAUUUCAACAUGCACGAGUUCAACAUCAUGGACGGUGGAAAGACCGCUCUGGCCUGCACCUAUCGCGGCAAAUCCAUCAACCUUGCUGAUUUCGGACGCCCGACGGAAGAGAGCUUCGUCACAGUUGGUGGAUUCGUCGAAGUGGAUGUCGAGACGAGUGAAGUUCUGUUUGAAUGGGAUACAUUUGAUAAGAUUGCUUUGCACGAGUCGAAUAUGUUCCACUCCGAUGAUCGCCCGGCCGAGUCGCCCGGUUGGGAUUACGUGCAUAUUAAUUCAGUUGACAAGAACGAGGCUGGUGACUACCUGAUCUCAUUGCGGUUCACCGACACCAUUUACUUGAUCUCCGGCCAGGAUGGAAACAUCAUGUGGCGCUUGGGCGGACUGGAGAGCAACUUCGAACAGAACUUCAAUUUCUCGAAGCAGCACGAUGUCAAGUUUGUCUCGUCUAACGACACCCACCAUGUUAUCUCGCUGCUGAACAACGGCGCCGAUGAACGUGGCCGUGAUGAGCUCCUCUCUUCUGCGUUGAUUGUUGAACUAGACGUCGCUGCACAACCUAUGACUGCGAAAGUGGUCCAGCGGAUCAACCGUCCUGACAGCGGCGUCACCAAGCUCCGUGGUAGUGCCCGCGUCCUCCCUAACGACAACAUCUACAUUGGAUGGAGUGAAUACGGCUACUCCAGCGAGCACGCCUCGAAUGGCGACCUUCUAAUGACCGCCCGCUUCGCCUCGGACCGGUACUCGACCUAUCGCUCCUACAAGGGCGAAUUCACCGGUCGACCCACUAGGCGUCCGGACCUAGUGGCAUCCGUCUACGGUACCCGUGAGCAAGACACUACGACUCUCAUCCACGUCAGCUGGAAUGGCGCGACCGAUGUUGUCCAGUGGAAAUUCUAUGCGCAAGCCUACGAGGGUGGCCAGUCCGUGCUCAUCGGCACCAGCAACAAAACCGACUUUGAGACCAUGUUCAUCGCCGAUGGCUACAUGGACUUCGUCUCUGCUGAGGCCAUCGACGCCGACGGCAAUGUGCUGCAUACCUCUGAAACCAAGCGCACCAGCACCCCGUCCGACUGGAAGGCCGCUGGCUGGGUCGGUUCUGGCUCUGGUCCUAGCCCUGACGACCCGUCUAUUAUGGUCGCCGCCAGUGCCGACCUCAGCUCGGGUUCUUCCGACGAAGGGGCUGAGUCGGUCGGUGGAAGCGCCUCCACCGGCUCUGGUGACCGGUCUAGCGCUCAGUACGCCGAAGCGAAGGAAGUAGCCAAGGCUGUCUAUAAGGCCUACGAUGUCAUCCGCGGCAUCGGAGGUAUCAUCCUGUUCCUCGUGGUAGCUGGUACCAUGAGCGGUGCUGGCUACGCCCUCUGGCGUGUCAUCCGCACACGCCGAGUCCGUUACCAGCACGUUCCCGGUGAGGAGGGUAUCCCUGUGGAAGAGAUCCAUCUGGCUUCCAAUCCUCGUGGUUAG